AUGCGGGUGCCCGUCAGCGGCACCGCGGGGCAGCGCUUCUGCCGCCUGCUCGACGUCACCAGCCACGUCUUCUUCGUGCACUUCCUCGUCAACACGAGGUCCCUGUCCGGCUGCGUGCAGCUGUUCGGGCCGCCGCUGCAGGCGCGCGACUUCGAGUACCGCAUGCGGCUGGACGACGCGGACUGCACGCACCACGGCGACCGCGCGCGCCGCGGCGAGAUGAUCCACAACCUGUUCCAGGGCCGGCUGCGGCACGGUGGCGGUGGUGGCGGCGGCGCGGACGCGGCGGCCCGGGUGCUGGGCGUGGACGAGGACCCCGAGCACGUGCUGCGCGGCGCGCGGGCCUGGCGGGUCCACCUCGGCCUCAGCAGGGCGUGGCGCACCUCCACGCGCGCCGCCAAGACCCCCGUGCGCGUCACCGUCACGCCCAGCCUCACGCGCCUCACAGAGCCACCUUGA